AUGCUGGAACUCACGUUUUCGCGCUGGUACCUGUUCGUCGCUGCCUUCGUCGUGCAGUUCUGCAUUGGCUGCAUCUACGCCUGGUCGGUACUCAACCACCCCAUCGACCUGGCCGUCUACGGCGAUGCCAAGAAGGGUCGUGCUGUGAACACCUUCUACAUUGCAAUGGGCGUCUUCGGAACGGCGGCAGCGAUUCUGGGGCCCACCAUUGAGCGGAAGGGGCCUCGUUGGGCUGUCUCCAUCGGCACGACGCUCAUCAUGGUCGGCCACAUCGUCUCGGCCCUCGGCUGUCAGUACAAGUCAAUUGCCUGGAUCUACAUCGGAUACGGCAUCAUUACCGCGAUUGGCUUGGGCAUGUGCUACAUUUCGCCCGUGUCGACGCUGCAGAAGUGGUUCCCCGACUACCGCGGUACGGCUGCCGGAUUCGCUGUUGCUGGUUCCGGUGCUGGAUCUGUCGUCUGGAGCAAGGUGUACCUGCCUACCAUUGAUGCGGUUGGGCUCCCCUGGAUGUUCAUCCUGAUCGGUGCCGUUAUGAGCGCUGCCAUGUAUUCCUCAGCUCUGGUUCUUCGAGUGCCGCCUGCGGACUACACGAUCCAUGGUCUUAACAUCCACGGCAACGCUGUCGACGAGAGCGAAGCACUGGAGGAAAAGCUGAGCACUGCUUAUAAGACCGUCCAGACUCCCACGACUGAGGACAAGCCGGAGACCGUGGACGCCUCGAAGCCUUUCAUCAAGCCCUACACGCUCAAGGAAGCUGUAUUUACACCCGACUACAUCUUCAUGUACAUCAUGUUCUUCGCGAACCAGCUCUUCGGCGUCAUCGUGUUGUCCCGCUUGUCGAGUAUGUGCACAGACAUCUUCAACAAGAGCGCGAACACGGCCUCCGACAUUGUGUCUAUCAACAGCGUCUUCAACUGCUGCGGUCGGCUCGCCUUCUCGUCCAUUUCGGACUUCCUGGUGCGGUACUUCAAAAUGGAGAAGACGUUCGCGCGCAAGGUGCUGUACUACUUCACGCUGGGAGCUCAGAUUAUCGUGAUCGGGUCGUUGCCUACGGUCAUCCGCCACGAAAGCUUCACGUUCUUUGUCAUCGAGAUCUUCGUGCUCACGUCCAGCUACGGCGGCGGCCUCGGUACGAUCCCGGCUCUAGUGACGGACAUGUUUGGUGCGUACAAUGUCGGACCCUUACACGGCAUCAUCCUUACGUCUUUGGCGUUCGGCGCCGUUGUCGGCGGCAUCACCUUCAACAACGCGUACAACGACAAGGUGGCCGACGGCAUGUCUAUCGGCGAGGCCUACAUCGACAACAUCCAGGUCAUCUUCGUGAUCGUUUGCAUUGGUUUCGUCGUGCUCGUCCUGGUCCGUACGAAUACGGCGGACCGCUUUGAGCCGGGUUACCACUACUCUGUGUGCGGCAAGCGUGUUGUUAGCAUCCCGCCGAAGACGAAGGAAGCCAAGCUACAGGAACCCGAGACCCCAGCUGAGAAAUUGGCCGAGAGGGCUGUCUAA